GUCACGUAAACCACGUGGUUUUGUUAUUACAGGAAGUGAAGAUGGCCGCGCAGUCUUUUCUCUCUGAGUCGGCUCUCGGUUGGUCUAUUUUCACCUUUAUACUUUUGGUCAUCCUUUCUUUCUGUUGGGUCUACAUCCGUAAAUUUCAAAGUCGUCAGGAAAGCGAAGUUGUUUCAACAAUCACAGCAAUAUGCGCACUGGCCAUCGCAUUGAUAACUUCAGCUCUUCUACCAGUGGAUAUUUUUCUCGUCUCCUUCAUGAAGUACCCAAAUGGCACCUAUAAGGAAUGGGCAGCAAACAAUGAGACAAGAGCACAGAUUGAGGAUACGGUCCUGUACGGAUAUUACACGCUUUACUCCAUCAUUCUGUUCUGUGUCUUUCUAUGGAUCCCUUUUGUUUAUUUCUAUUAUGAAGAAAGGGACGAUGACAACGUCAACACAUGCUCGCAAGUCAGGAACGCUUUGAAGUACACAGUUGGAUUUGCCAUUGUCUGUUUGGUGCUGCUAUUAAUUGGCGCAUUUGUUCCACUUGAGGCUCCACCGCAACAGAAUGCCACCCAGUGGGAGAAAGUUCAAUACCUUUUUGAGGAGCUUGGCAGUGGCCAUGGUCUAACUGCUCUGGCUUUCUCCAUCAGCUCCUUGACCUUGAUUGGGAUGUUGGCAGUGAUCACUUACACAGCAUACGGUAUGUCUGUGCUGCCUUUAAAUCUGAUAAAAGGCACACGGAGUGUGGCGUAUGAGCGCCUGGAGAACACAGAGGACAUUGAUGAUAUUGAGCAUCAGAUCGAGAAGCUGAAAUCCAAGUGUAAAGAUGGUCGCCCCCUGUCAUCCAGGGACAGAAACAACCUGCAGGAGCUGGAAGGCAAGCUGCAGGUCCUCCGACGCAGAGGGAGACACCUGGAAAUUGCGGAGAGGAACUGUUGCAACAAAGUGGCCAGUGCUCUCAGACCUUUCAAGAUAAUAUUGGGCAUUUUCUUCAUCCUGAUUGCUUUGCUGUUCACUGUUGCCCUGUUCAUUUCAAAUUUGGAUAAAGCACUCCACUCUGCUGGAAUCAGCUCUGGAUUCAUAAUCUUUGGCACCAAUCUAACCAAUCCUUUGAAUGAACUUCUGUUAGCCUUACAACCUGUUUUUCCAUUGGAUUACAUCCUGAUUACAGUCAUCACAAUGUAUUUUGUCCUCACAUCUAUGGCUGGUAUUCGCAACAUGGGUAUCUGGUUCUUCUGGAUAAGGCUCUAUAAAAUUCGACCUAAAAGAACCCGUCCACAGGCUCUCCUCUUCCUCUGUAUGAUUCUUCUCUUGAUUGUUCUCCAUACCAGCUACAUGAUCUACAGUCUUGCCCCUCAGUACGUCAUGUACGGCAGCCAGAAAUAUCUCGUACAGAGUCCCUCAUCAGGCCUUAUGUCAGGGAAUGCUUCUUUUGGAACGACAAGGGUCUGUGAUGCUGACGCGCCUGAGGACCAGUGCAUUGUGACAAGAUCGUAUAUUUUCCUUCACAAGUUUUGGUUCUUCAGUACCAUCUACUACUUUGGUAACUGGGCCUUUAUUGGGGUGUUCCUCAUCGGGCUGGUGGUGUCGUGCUGCCGAGGGAAGAAGUCUGUGAUUGAAGGCGAAGUGGAAGCCGAUGACUCAGACGUCAGCGAUGAUGAAUAUGUGCACUGAGGUUCAAUAUUCUAGGACGCACACACACACACACACACACACACACACACACACACACACACACACACACACGCUCGCACAGAUCUGCACAUCCAGCCAUAACUUAAGGGAGGGGGCUUCAGAGUACAAUUUGGCAUGUCAUUAAUUUGCCUCUGUUUAUUUUAUUCAGCUUCCAGGCAGUGAUACCACAAACAGAGGAACUGAGACAAAGUUUAUACUAUAUACUGUAAAAUGGACUCAGACCCAAUGUAUACCAUGCACAUCCUUCACAUUGACAUAUAUAUACUCAAUGAAUUAUGACAAUGAAUUGUUACAAUAAACAUGAAUUCAUAAGUGAGGCUCAGACCCUUUUAGAUCAGUGCUUGUCAACUGGUUUGGCUGCGGGACACACCAUCGCCCCUCAAUGACGAGUGGUGACCCAAAUUGCGGAAAUGUUUCAACUAAAACUUCUUAUAGUCCGGUUGCUCUCAUUCAACGCUUGAGAUAAACAAAAAGUACAAUUCAAAAUAUACAAAUUUUUUCGGUACGUUUAAUAGUAAUAGGAGGCUCAUUUGUUCAGUAGACACCCUCUCUGCCUGGGUCAGUAGAUUGAACCGGGUGUGAAACUGCACCUGUGAGUCUUCAUUGUGGGCGGAAUCCAGCACACGUAAAGGCGGUGUGGCUGUGUGUCAUACUCGAUGUCCUUCCCCUCCCGCUCAAGCUUGGCCAAGUUGCUCAUAAUCAUGCACGCACCUCGUUGUGGAGCAGCAAGCGAGUAGCACAGACGUGAGCGAGGUGCGUUCAGAGACAUUGGGUAAAUACACCACUUUUGGGGGGAGGAGGGGGCCAGACCAGUUGAGAAUCACUGCUUUAGAUGGCUUCUCAUGUGCUCUGGUAAUGCUUCCAAAAACACGUGUGUGGUGACUGCUGUAAGACACAUCUGUCUGAAUGAAAUGCUGUACAUUGCUAUUUAAUUCCCCUCUUACUUUGAAGUAUUAUCAUGUCACGGUGCGAGUACCUGAACGUGUGCACCUGACCUUUUGGCGGUUUCACGCCACAUUUCAUGAACUCUUCUCAUUGCAAGACAAAAAAAUAAAAAUCCAUUGAAUAAUCCCUAAAUUUAUUAAAAACACUGUGUUUUGCAAAACUGGCACUGAAUUUCUUAGUUGUUUUUUAUCUUUUAUAAUUACUUUUAAUUCAAAACAAAUGCUAAUUUUGAAAACAAUCUGAUGGGAAAGUGCCUCAUGUACAUAUACAGUACGACUAUGAUGGGCACACAUGACUGCAACGCACACACGCUCCAUUAUGAUGAACUAAGCCCUUUUUUCCUGAAGACAAAUGAUCCAUAGAGUCGCCAAGUGACAUCGUCGUGUCCAGUAUCGAAUGGUACUUGUAUCGAAAUAAAUAAAUGCUUCUGGAAAUCUCCUUCAAAUCGCAUUCAUUCUUCUAAAGGGUUGAUAAAGCUUAGAAGGUGUUCCUAAUGUUCCGGCCGGUUUAUAUAUGUAUCCUCAAUUCCAAAUCCUGUGUGGGAUAAUGAAGUGUCUCUCCCCGCUUAUCAUGGAUAUAUAUCAAAAUGAAAGUGACAGUUAAAUACAUCCAUCCUUGGAUUAGAGUAUAUAAGCACUCAACAUGCUUGUCUGCAGCAGAUUAGCAUGAAAUGUUCAGGGCGUAAUUGUUUGAUUAGUGGAGCAUACGUACCUUGUCACCACUGUUGUGCCAGGCCUCUUUCAGGUAGCUUAUAAUGACACCGCGUGCCGCCCCCGCUCACUCGCUAAUAAGCUAAACAAGCCAGGAGCCAAAAAAAAUAAAUCUUUUCCUUCCCUCCUAUGUUAUCGUUUAGGUAAUUCUUACAAACGUGAAAAAUAAGGAGGGUUAAAAAAACUGAGACUGUCAUGAAAGUGAUUGCUUUUGGGGAAAUUCCUAAGCAUUCCUAAACGUCAGGCUUGUUAGCGAUCUUGCAAGAUGAAUAGGAUGCUGGGAAUGGUAAAUCGGUUGAACAGGUUGAAGGCUGAGUGACUGAUUAACUUCAGGCAGCUUGGGUCGGGGGACGGGAUCGGAGCUCGAAAAUCUCUGCGAUGUUUGAGGUGUCUCAUGUCUUUCGGUCAAAGGUGUGUGUUUGGAUGAAAAGUUUAAAAUCCAUCCAUGCAUUUUCUAUGUUGCUUAUCCUCAUUAGGGUCUUGGGGGCAUGCUGGAGCCUAUCCCAGCUGACUUUGGCCGAGAGGCGGGAUACACGCUGGACUGGUCGCCAGCCAAUGGCAGGGCACAUAUAGACAAACAACCAUUCACACUCACAUUCAUACCUAUGGACAAUUUAGAGUCUCCAAUUAACCUAACAUGCAUGUUUUUGGAAUGUGGGAGGAAACCGGAGUACCUCUCACAAACAUGUGACCCUUGACCCUGGCCUCCACCAGUGAUACAACAUGGGGGUUCUUGCUCAACACGCAAUUAAUUCUCCUUGAAAGUUUGACAUUGAUAAGGAAGGAAGAAAUGCAUUUAAAAAAAGAAAUAAAUAGAAAUUAGGUUACAAAAGGGUGUGAUAAUGACAAUGAUAGAAAAAAGAGAUCAGAGAAAUGGUACAGAAAGACAGACAAAUGAUCAAAAGAGUAGAUAAAACAAUCUAAAAGACAAAUAGAUGAAAAAGAAAUAGGGAAAAAGAGAGAAAUAAGAUGAAAAAGACAGAAACAGAAAGAAAAAAAGAAUGAAAUAGCUUAGAAAAAAUAAAAAAAAACAGAGAAAAAAGAUAAAGAAAUCCAUUAAAAAAGAAACAGAUAAGGCCAAAUGGAUAAAAACAAAAAAAUAGAUGUAAAAGGGAAUGCACUAGUUUAAAAGAAAGGGAAAACACACACAGUACAAACCCCAAAUAAUGUGGAUUUGACCUGUUUGGUCAUCCCAUGCUGGAUGGAGUGCCAAAUGAAUGGGACUCUUGCUCAGACAAAGAUGGAACAAAAUUGGUAAUUUUGGAGAAAACGCAGACAGCAAACAACCUUUGACCUAUUUGACCUAAACACCUCAGCUAGAUUGGCUUUGGAUAUUGGGAUACUUGCCCUAGCAAUUCCCUAAAAUGUGUUAAAUUCUUUUUUUUAAAGAAGAAAAAUGAAUAUCGUGUUGUUGCUCAGACAAAACAAACACCUAAAAAAGAGAAUAAAAAACGAAAUCAGCCCCAUGAUGCAAGAGGUUGUUUUUUUUAGUCAUUUCCUCUUGCGUGACGUGGUCGUGCAGCGUGUAUGUGUGCAGCGGUCGUAACAUGGCCUGCAGUGUGUCCGCAGGUUUGAACUCUCCUCACAGGCUGGCGACAAAGCGCCGCCCGUGGGAGGAGAGUGACGCAGGAUCAGUGUGAUUGUGUUGAUUCACACUUGGACUGGGUUUAGUGCGUUCAAGCAGCCUGGAGGGAGGUGCCACUCACGCCACAGCUCCAUUUAGUAACACGCAAAUAACACGGCUAGCACGUGUUCUCAAGGGCACGCCGCCUUAGCUCAGCAACUCUGGACUCACAUUUGCUCACGGUCUUCUCAAAAAUCCUUCUAUUAGUGAAUGAUUCAAUGUGUAAACAAAUCUACAUUGUUGAUUCUGUAGACAGUAUACGAUGAUAGCAUGCUAAUCAAUUAUUAGCAUGUACUAAUUCAAUCAUAUGCACAUUCAUUUUAAAAACAGGAAUGCUACAGUAAGCCUUUUUUUAACCUUUAUAUUAUAGUUUAUGAAAAUACAAUACCCAAAAGACAUCAUGACAAAAUAUGUCACAAAAUAUUGUAUGCUAUGUUUAAUCAGAGCAAAAAAUAUAUAUAUAUUUGGAUUUUAAAGUGACAUUUUAGGUUUACUUGGAAAA